AUGGCUGACUCAAUUGAUUACGAAAACGAUUUCGAAGAAAUAGUACUCUGCGAUGUAACUCCAGCAGAAACACAAUCAACAACAAACUCUGAGCAGUCACCGGGGCCUGAAAAAAAAGAAAACGAAGAAACACCAUGUACACCAACAAAAAUAAAAAAAGAAUCAAACUCAACAACAAUCUCAAACAAGAGCGGCACGACUCCAACAAAAGAAUAUAUAAACAACAACACAAAACAAUCAACGAAUGCAUCCCCUUUCUUGGAAUCACAGACAUCGGCUAGACUUACAUCUAAUCACGAAGAGCUUUCGUCAGAAGCUAAACAACAGUUCCCUGUGGAGUCACCGAAGGAAGCAACUCCGCGUGUAGCCUCUCGUGCGUCUACGAAAUCGUCGUCACCUCAUGAGGAUCCUUCACGUGCAUCAUCGAAGAAAUCAUCGGAUGGUUCAAUGCAACAAGAUCUUCCGUGGUUGCAAUCACAGACAUCGGCUAGACCUACAUCCAAUCACGAAGAGCUUUCGUCAGAAGCUAAACAACAGUUCCCUGUGGAGUCACCGAAGGAAGCAACUCCGCGUGUAGCCUCUCGUGCGUCUACGAAAUCGUCGUCACCUCAUGAGGAUCCUUCACGUGCAUCAUCGAAGAAAUCAUCGGAUGGUUCAAUGCAACAAGAUCUUCCGUGGUUGCAAUCACAGACAUCGGCUAGACCUACAUCCAAUCACGAAGAGCUUUCGUCAGAAGCUAAACAACAGUUCCCUGUGGAGUCACCGAAGGAAGCAACUCCGCAUGUAGCCUCUCGUGCGUCUACGAAAUCGUCGUCACCUCAUGAGGAUCCUUCACGUGCAUCAUCGAAGAAAUCAUCGGAUGGUUCAAUGCAACAAGAUCUUCCGUGGUUGCAAUCACAGACAUCGGCUAGACCUACAUCCAAUCACGAAGAGCUUUCGUCAGAAGCUAAACAACAGUUCCCUGUGGAGUCACCGAAGGAAGCAACUCCGCAUGUAGCCUCUCGUGCGUCUACGAAAUCGUCGUCACCUCAUGAGGAUCCUUCACGUGCAUCAUCGAAGAAAUCAUCGGAUGGUUCAAUGCAACAAGAUCUUCCGUGGUUGCAAUCACAGACAUCGGCUAGACCUACAUCCAAUCACGAAGAGCUUUCGUCAGAAGCUAAACAACAGUUCCCUGUGGAGUCACCGAAGGAAGCAACUCCGCAUGUAGCCUCUCGUGCGUCUACGAAAUCGUCGUCACCUCAUGAGGAUCCUUCACGUGCAUCAUCGAAGAAAUCAUCGGAUGGUUCAAUGCAACAAGAUCUUCCGUGGUUGCAAUCACAGACAUCGGCUAGACCUACAUCCAAUCACGAAGAGCUUUCGUCAGAAGCUAAACAACAGUUCCCUGUGGAGUCACCGAAGGAAGCAACUCCGCGUGUAGCCUCUCGUGCGUCUACGAAAUCGUCGUCACCUCAUGAGGAUCCUUCACGUGCAUCAUCGAAGAAAUCAUCGGAUGGUUCAAUGCAACAAGAUCUUCCGUGGUUGCAAUCACAGACAUCGGCUAGACCUACAUCUAAUCACGAAGAGCUUUCGUCAGAAGCUAAACAACAGUUCCCUGUGGAGUCACCGAAGGAAGCAACUCCGCGUGUAGCCUCUCGUGCGUCUACGAAAUCGUCGUCACCUCAUGAGGAUCCUUCACGUGCAUCAUCGAAGAAAUCAUCGGAUGGUUCAAUGCAACAAGAUCUUCCGUGGUUGCAAUCACAGACAUCGGCUAGACCUACAUCCAAUCACGAAGAGCUUUCGUCAGAAGCUAAACAACAGUUCCCUGUGGAGUCACCGAAGGAAGCAACUCCGCAUGUAGCCUCUCGUGCGUCUACGAAAUCGUCGUCACCUCAUGAGGGUCCUUCACGUGCAUCAUCGAAGAAAUCAUCGGAUGGUUCAAUGCAACAAGAUCUUCCGUGGUUGCAAUCACAGACAUCGGCUAGACCUACAUCCAAUCACGAAGAGCUUUCGUCAGAAGCUAAACAACAGUUCCCUGUGGAGUCACCGAAGGAAGCAACUCCGCAUGUAGCCUCUCGUGCGUCUACGAAAUCGUCGUCACCUCAUGAGGAUCCUUCACGUGCAUCAUCGAAGAAAUCAUCGGAUGGUUCAAUGCAACAAGAUCUUCCGUGGUUGCAAUCACAGACAUCGGCUAGACCUACAUCCAAUCACGAAGAGCUUUCGUCAGAAGCUAAACAACAGUUCCCUGUGGAGUCACCGAAGGAAGCAACUCCGCAUGUAGCCUCUCGUGCGUCUACGAAAUCGUCGUCACCUCAUGAGGAUCCUUCACGUGCAUCAUCGAAGAAAUCAUCGGAUGGUUCAAUGCAACAAGAUCUUCCGUGGUUGCAAUCACAGACAUCGGCUAGACCUACAUCCAAUCACGAAGAGCUUUCGUCAGAAGCUAAACAACAGUUCCCUGUGGAGUCACCGAAGGAAGCAACUCCGCGUGUAGCCUCUCGUGCGUCUACGAAAUCGUCGUCACCUCAUGAGGAUCCUUCACGUGCAUCAUCGAAGAAAUCAUCCGAUGGUUCAAUGCAACAAGAUCUUCCGUGGUUGCAAUCACAGACAUCGGCUAGACCUACAUCUAAUCACGAAGAGCUUUCGUCAGAAGCUAAACAACAGUUCCCUGUGGAGUCACCGAAGGAAGCAACUCCGCAUGUAGCCUCUCGUGCGUCUACGAAAUCGUCGUCACCUCAUGAGGAUCCUUCACGUGCAUCAUCGAAGAAAUCAUCCGAUGGUUCAAUGCAACAAGAUCUUCCGUGGUUGCAAUCACAGACAUCGGCUAGACCUACAUCCAAUCACGAAGAGCUUUCGUCAGAAGCUAAACAACAGUUCCCUGUGGAGUCACCGAAGGAAGCAACUCCGCAUGUAGCCUCUCGUGCGUCUACGAAAUCGUCGUCACCUCAUGAGGAUCCUUCACGUGCAUCAUCGAAGAAAUCAUCGGAUGGUUCAAUGCAACAAGAUCUUCCGUGGUUGCAAUCACAGACAUCGGCUAGACCUACAUCCAAUCACGAAGAGCUUUCGUCAGAAGCUAAACAACAGUUCCCUGUGGAGUCACCGAAGGAAGCAACUCCGCAUGUAGCCUCUCGUGCGUCUACGAAAUCGUCGUCACCUCAUGAGGAUCCUUCACGUGCAUCAUCGAAGAAAUCAUCGGAUGGUUCAAUGCAACAAGAUCUUCCGUGGUUGCAAUCACAGACAUCGGCUAGACCUACAUCCAAUCACGAAGAGCUUUCGUCAGAAGCUAAACAACAGUUCCCUGUGGAGUCACCGAAGGAAGCAACUCCGCGUGUAGCCUCUCGUGCGUCUACGAAAUCGUCGUCACCUCAUGAGGAUCCUUCACGUGCAUCAUCGAAGAAAUCAUCGGAUGGUUCAAUGCAACAAGAUCUUCCGUGGUUGCAAUCACAGACAUCGGCUAGACCUACAUCCAAUCACGAAGAGCUUUCGUCAGAAGCUAAACAACAGUUCCCUGUGGAGUCACCGAAGGAAGCAACUCCGCAUGUAGCCUCUCGUGCGUCUACGAAAUCGUCGUCACCUCAUGAGGAUCCUUCACGUGCAUCAUCGAAGAAAUCAUCGGAUGGUUCAAUGCAACAAGAUCUUCCGUGGUUGCAAUCACAGACAUCGGCUAGACCUACAUCCAAUCACGAAGAGCUUUCGUCAGAAGCUAAACAACAGUUCCCUGUGGAGUCACCGAAGGAAGCAACUCCGCAUGUAGCCUCUCGUGCGUCUACGAAAUCGUCGUCACCUCAUGAGGAUCCUUCACGUGCAUCAUCGAAGAAAUCAUCGGAUGGUUCAAUGCAACAAGAUCUUCCGUGGUUGCAAUCACAGACAUCGGCUAGACCUACAUCUAAUCACGAAGAGCUUUCGUCAGAAGCUAAACAACAGUUCCCUGUGGAGUCACCGAAGGAAGCAACUCCGCGUGUAGCCUCUCGUGCGUCUACGAAAUCGUCGUCACCUCAUGAGGAUCCUUCACGUGCAUCAUCGAAGAAAUCAUCGGAUGGUUCAAUGCAACAAGAUCUUCCGUGGUUGCAAUCACAGACAUCGGCUAGACCUACAUCCAAUCACGAAGAGCUUUCGUCAGAAGCUAAACAACAGUUCCCUGUGGAGUCACCGAAGGAAGCAACUCCGCGUGUAGCCUCUCGUGCGUCUACGAAAUCGUCGUCACCUCAUGAGGAUCCUUCACGUGCAUCAUCGAAGAAAUCAUCGGAUGGUUCAAUGCAACAAGAUCUUCCGUGGUUGCAAUCACAGACAUCGGCUAGACCUACAUCUAAUCACGAAGAGCUUUCGUCAGAAGCUAAACAACAGUUCCCUGUGGAGUCACCGAAGGAAGCAACUCCGCAUGUAGCCUCUCGUGCGUCUACGAAAUCGUCGUCACCUCAUGAGGAUCCUUCACGUGCAUCAUCGAAGAAAUCAUCGGAUGGUUCAAUGCAACAAGAUCUUCCGUGGUUGCAAUCACAGACAUCGGCUAGACCUACAUCUAAUCACGAAGAGCUUUCGUCAGAAGCUAAACAACAGUUCCCUGUGGAGUCACCGAAGGAAGCAACUCCGCGUGUAGCCUCUCGUGCGUCUACGAAAUCGUCGUCACCUCAUGAGGAUCCUUCACGUGCAUCAUCGAAGAAAUCAUCGGAUGGUUCAAUGCAACAAGAUCUUCCGUGGUUGCAAUCACAGACAUCGGCUAGACCUACAUCUAAUCACGAAGAGCUUUCGUCAGAAGCUAAACAACAGUUCCCUGUGGAGUCACCGAAGGAAGCAACUCCGCAUGUAGCCUCUCGUGCGUCUACGAAAUCGUCGUCACCUCAUGAGGAUCCUUCACGUGCAUCAUCGAAGAAAUCAUCGGAUGGUUCAAUGCAACAAGAUCUUCCGUGGUUGCAAUCACAGACAUCGGCUAGACCUACAUCCAAUCACGAAGAGCUUUCGUCAGAAGCUAAACAACAGUUCCCUGUGGAGUCACCGAAGGAAGCAACUCCGCGUGUAGCCUCUCGUGCGUCUACGAAAUCGUCGUCACCUCAUGAGGAUCCUUCACGUGCAUCAUCGAAGAAAUCAUCCGAUGGUUCAAUGCAACAAGAUCUUCCGUGGUUGCAAUCACAGACAUCGGCUAGACCUACAUCUAAUCACGAAGAGCUUUCGUCAGAAGCUAAACAACAGUUCCCUGUGGAGUCACCGAAGGAAGCAACUCCGCAUGUAGCCUCUCGUGCGUCUACGAAAUCGUCGUCACCUCAUGAGGAUCCUUCACGUGCAUCAUCGAAGAAAUCAUCGGAUGGUUCAAUGCAACAAGAUCUUCCGUGGUUGCAAUCACAGACAUCGGCUAGACCUACAUCCAAUCACGAAGAGCUUUCGUCAGAAGCUAAACAACAGUUCCCUGUGGAGUCACCGAAGGAAGCAACUCCGCGUGUAGCCUCUCGUGCGUCUACGAAAUCGUCGUCACCUCAUGAGGAUCCUUCACGUGCAUCAUCGAAGAAAUCAUCGGAUGGUUCAAUGCAACAAGAUCUUCCGUGGUUGCAAUCACAGACAUCGGCUAGACCUACAUCUAAUCACGAAUUGCUUUCGUCAGAAGCUAAACAACAGUUCCCUGUGGAGUCACCGAAGGAAGCAACUCCGCAUGUAGCCUCUCGUGCGUCUACGAAAUCGUCGUCACCUCAUGAGGAUCCUUCUCGUGUUGUUUGUGAUGUGACCUCGCAGGAACUCUUGGAGCAUGUUGUCUUGAAUGAUAUUGAUGAAUCUCCUCUUCAUAUUUCCUGUGCUGCCGGAUUUCGCUCGUUCGAUUUCGGAUCUUCUGUAUCUGGGAGUAAGGUAAGUCCUGCGACUUUGAGGGAUUAUGCUGCACGGUGUCAUAUGGUACGAAUAGAAAACAAUCUGAGCAAGGAGGAUAUUCGUCUAGUUUCUCAUUCAACCGCCAAUGAUAGGGAAUCUAAAAUGUUAAGCACCGGUGAUAGCAGUGGUGUCCUACAUUCAUCGAAAGUUAUGCUGGUCGAAGUGCUGGCAUCGGAAAAUCCUCCUCUGCUGUCCGAAAUGUCUUUAAGUAAUGUAGAAUGUGUAAGCGCAGAAAUAAAUACAGAUCCUUCAUCCGCUUCCACUACCCACACGAAAGAACCGAAACAAGAACCUUCACGACCCUUAAAAAAGCAAGCGGAAUCGCCAGAUGAAAUAUCUCAAGAGCCAACUAAGGAAUCUGAAAAGCAGGAGGAAUCACGCCCAUCAUCUGCAACACGAGAUGAAUCAUCUCAAAUUUCAACUAAGGAAUCAGAAAAGCAGAAGGAAUCACGCGUAUAUUCGGAAUCGCCAGAUGAAAUAUCUCAAGAGCCAACUAAGGAAUCAGAGAAGCAGGAGGAAUCACGCGUAUAUUCGGAAUCGCCAGAUGAAAUAUCUCAAGAGCCAACUAAGGAAUCAGAGAAGCAGGAGGAAUCACGCGUAUAUUCGGAAUCGCCAGAUGAAAUAUCUCAAGAGCCAACUAAGGAAUCUGAAAAGCAGGAGGAAUCACGCCCAUCAUCUGCAACACGAGAUGAAUCAUCUCAAAUUUCAACUAAGGAAUCUGAAAAGCAGGAGGAAUCACGCCCAUCAUCUGCAACACGAGAUGAAUCAUCUCAAAUUUCAACUAAGGAAUCUGAAAAGCAGGAGGAAUCACGCCCAUCAUCUGCAACACGAGAUGAAUCAUCUCAAAUUUCAACUAAGGAAUCUGAAAAGCAGGAGGAAUCACGCGUAUAUUCGGAAUCGCCAGAUGAAAUAUCUCAAGAGCCAACUAAGGAAUCUGAAAAGCAGGAGGAAUCACGCCCAUCAUCUGCAACACGAGAUGAAUCAUCUCAAAUUUCUAAGGAAUCUGAAAAGCAGGAGGAAUCACGCGUAUAUUCGGAAUCGCCAGAUGAAAUAUCUCAAGAGCCAACUAAGGAAUCUGAAAAGCAGGAGGAAUCACGCGUAUAUUCGGAAUCGCCAGAUGAAAUAUCUCAAAUGUCAACUAAGGAAUCAGAGAAGCAGGAGGAAUCACGCGUAUAUUCGGAAUCGCCAGAUGAAAUAUCUCAAAUGUCAACUAAGGAAUCAGAGAAGCAGGAGGAAUCACGCGUAUAUUCGGAAUCGCCAGAUGAAAUAUCUCAAGAGCCAACUAAGGAAUCAGAGAAGCAGGAGGAAUCACGCGUAUAUUCGGAAUCGCCAGAUGAAAUAUCUCAAGAGCCAACUAAGGAAUCUGAAAAGCAGGAGGAAUCACGCGUAUAUUCGGAAUCGCCAGAUGAAAUAUCUCAAGAGCCAACUAAGGAAUCAGAGAAGCAGGAGGAAUCACGCGUAUAUUCGGAAUCGCCAGAUGAAAUAUCUCAAGAGCCAACUAAGGAAUCUGAAAAGCAGGAGGAAUCACGCGUAUAUUCGGAAUCGCCAGAUGAAAUAUCUCAAGAGCCAACUAAGGAAUCUGAAAAGCAGGAGGAAUCACGCCCAUCAUCUGCAACACGAGAUGAAUCAUCUCAAGAGCCAACUAAGGAAUCAGAGAAGCAGGAGGAAUCACGCCCAUCAUCUGCAACACGAGAUGAAUCAUCUCAAAUUUCAACUAAGGAAUCUGAAAAGCAGGAGGAAUCACGCGUAUAUUCGGAAUCGCCAGAUGAAUCAUCUCAAAUUUCAACUAAGGAAUCUGAAAAGCAGGAGGAAUCACGCCCAUCAUCUGCAACACGAGAUGAAUCAUCUCAAAUGUCAACUAAGGAAUCUGAAAAGCAGGAGGAAUCACGCCCAUCAUCUCAAAUGUCAAGUAAGGAAUCUGAAAAGCAGAAGGAAAAGGCGGUUUCAUCCUCGAUGUCUAGUGCCUCUUCACUGUCUUCGGAACCUAGGAAUAGAUAUUCAGGCAAGCUGUCUUCGAGUCGUAAAUCCAUUUCUUCGGUGGGGCGGAGGAACGGAGAGCAUUUUUCUUCGUCAAGGGAUGGAAGCGGUGAAGGCACGUCGAGUAGUAAUGAGUCUUUGACAUCUUUAGAAGGUGAAGAAGGCUCUGAGGAAGAUUCGUCGACGUCUUUCUCCACCCGUUCUAGUGGCUCUGGCGGUAGUAGAAAAAGAAAGAUUGGUAGUGGAAAGGUUGUUGAAUCUGUUUAUCGCUCAACUAGUGGUGUGUCAACAGCACUAACAAUAGGGACCAAAGAUGGACUUAAGGUACGGAAGCAGAACAAGGGUGAAGAAUGUGCGGAUGAAAUGAGCAACAAAGCGAUGACGAAGGAUUCUUGUGCCGGAUGUUUUCCCCAUCCUUUGUUACCCAAAGUCACAGGAACGAAUAAGGAGUACGGGAAUGGCGAGGCCGGUAGCGGUCCUUGCGUAUGGAAAACCGCUAAUGCUAGUCUGUACCGUGGUCCAUUGAGGGCAGGAAACAAAUCGCUCGGUAGCAGACACUACUCGCCGCGAACGGUGUAUCUGGGGAAGCCUGAGGCCAGGGCGAGAGCCGGGGCAUUUGGUCUCUCCGCCGCAGGGAGGUUGCGUAAGGCUUACAAGUCGCCCUCAGCACCCUCAGGUGAAGAGCAGAACCGCAGCGGAGGGACUUCCCCCACAUCAUUAAGGAGAAAUAUCGCAAGGGUAAAAAGUGAGCUUAUGAGAGUUCGUCAAAACAUAAAGGCACUUAUUCGAAAAAGAACCCCUAGGCGCGCGCUUAAGAGGUCUGAACAAAACUUGAAGUACGUGGAUGUGGAGUCUCUACGGCGAGAGCACGAGCACCUGCUGCAGCUUGUUCAAAUUUGGGAAACAGGAGAAAUAAAUAUCGACCUGCUUGUGGAUAGUGCCAAUAGGGAGCUGCGACGCGCAAAAGAAAAGCUUGCCGAGGCCAAAGAGCGGAGGCGUAGGGUUGCAUCCGAAAGGCGGCACGCAUCACUGGUGAUUUCACGGAUGGUGAAGGAACGAACAGCGGAUGAUGAUGAUAAAAGCAAUCGGCAGCGAAAGGAGGGCAUGUAUGCUCGCCUUACACUUCAAGGUAAGGUGGAUGAACUACUUGAAAAAAUCAGCACAGCGCGCGGCACCUCGUCAAAACUUAGUGAUAAGAUUAAGUCACUUGAGAGUCACAUGAGGCAGGAAAAAUUAACGGAUAUGAAACCUGAGGAAUAUCGUGAGUUGCAAAAGAUGGUUGAAGGUAAUCGAAAACUUAUUCAUAGACUCAAUACUGCCAUCAUAAUUGCUGGGGGUUCUCAGGUACCCUUGACAGUUACGGCUGAAAUGAACAAUGACGAAGACUUGAGUGGUGUCAAGUUCCCGGGAAAGGCGAAGCUUGAUGCUGAGGCGGAGAAACUAGCGAGUAGGGUAAGUCGAAUGGACGCGCGAAUCGCGGAACUUGUAGAAAAGGUUAGCGUGUUGUUCCCCAACGAUCCAAAGAUUCGGAGACGUAGUAUAAGCAACAUGGAGGGGGUAGGUGGGCGGAUGGUGAGCUACGAGCAUUCGUCAAGCCCUGAUGGCAGUCGGCAUUUUGCGGCAGGUCAGUCCCCGUCGAAGGCAUUCCUUGGGGCACCAGGUGCUUCUAUCCGAAGGUCGAGGCUGCCGAUGCUAAGCGAUGCCACAGGAUCCUCGAACCCCCUCAACACGUGGCAUUCAUCCGAUUCGUGGAGCCCUGGGAGGGAUGCCACCGGACGGCAGGGGUCUCCCAAGAAAGGGAAAGGAUUGGGGGGAGCGGAUCGGACCCUACUGCCAUCUGUAAGGAAGGUGCCACCAACGUUCAUUACAUCCUACAAGAAUGAGAGCACGACGUCAACCGUUGAAGAAAGCACGCAUAGUCGAACCGCGGUGAAGAACAUUCCACAGGACAAUGGAGCAAAAUCAGGCUCGAAGGAUGCAGCGAAGGAGCGCAAGCCCGAAAAAGAAACAGAAAGGGAGGUCAAAUCAGCCGUUGGUAACGGUGGAUCGGAAAUCCAUAAUUGCGAAGCUCCCGGCUCCGUCGCCAGCAGUUCAGGUGAAGCGGACGAAAGCCGUACCCUAAGUACCGGUAGUAUGGAUAAGAGCUCCAACAGCAACAUUCAUACCACACCAAACCAAAAGGGUCACAAGCCUGCGAAACAGGAAGCGGAUGAACCUUCGGAACGGUACACGACACCGCUUUCCGAGCAGUCGACCGGGCGGUCACAACAGUACACCAGCCCCUCAUCGCAACUGUCGUCGGCGACAUCUCCAUCCUCAGUGGAGCAAGCAAGACCGUCGGCGCGAUCGUCAUCAGCUUUGUCAGGAGCCUCCGAGCGGUCGUCUGCCUCUUCUCCACUAUCCACUUCAAUCCGCAAGGAGGACGGUCGCAUGUCCAACCAGGAAGAGGAACGGGCUCCUGACAAAUCGCCAUCGGCAGGUGAUGACGUCUCGACAAUACCAGACGAGGUGGUUGAGGGGGAAGACUCCGGAAGGGAAACACCCGUCUGGUUACGAUAA